GAUAACCGUGGCAUUUUUAUACAGCCAUUUUCUUUUAAAAGUAAAAAGGGCACUUUUUCUACGAUGCAAAAAGGGCAAGGGCCCUAUGUAUGCACGUGCCUGAUGAUUAUGAUCAUUGUAUAAUAAAUUCUUGUGUUAGGUAUAAUACUUGAUUUAUUUCCAGCUCAUGGUUUAAUGGAGACCUAAUGGAUGUGUCAUUCGUCGUCGCCUCCGCAGCUGGGGGCGCUGUGGUAACGUGAAACCUGAGGGAAGAAGUGGGUCGGAGCCACUACCUUGGUCUUCCGCAAGCGUAGUGGUGGGCUUUUGGAGGUGAUGCAGGUGAUUAUCUGUGCCCCGUGUUUCAGGUGGACCCAGGCCCAGUUUACGGUCCAAACCGGGUCCGCGGUGGGAGACGUCUUGGACCGGGUCACCCGGCAGACGGGUGUCUCAUCGUUGGAUUUCUUCAUCACUUGUAACGGCCGUCUGUCACACCUGGAGGAUCCCCUGCAGGAUGGAGGUGUCUAUCACCUGGAGCCCCGCCUCCGAGGAGGGAAAGGAGGGUUUGGGUCAAUGCUUCGUGCUCUUGGAGCUCAGAUCGAGAAGACGACAAACCGUGAGGCGUGCCGAGACCUGAGUGGACGGCGCCUCCGAGAUGUCAACCACGAAAAAGAGAUGGCUGAGUGGUUGAAGAAACAGUCUGAUCGCGAGGCUGAGAAGGAGCAGCGGCGUCUGGAGCGCUUGCAGAGGAAACUGUCUGAACCCAAACACCAGUUCAUGGACACAGAGUACCAGCAGCAGUGUCACAACCUGUCAGAGAGACUGGAGGACUCAGUACUCAAAGGUCUACAGGCAUCGUCCAGCGCUCAGGUGAACGACUGCAACGGGUCCAAGAGACCAAACCUGGAUCAGAACCACACACCGCUGGUCACCAAGAAGAAGAGGACAGCCGCCUGUCUGUGGAUGGGUAUGGAUGAGAUGCUGAGCUCAGAGGAAGAGGAGGAGUCUCUGUCCACGUCCAGUGGUGCAGCUGUUGCCAUGGCAAUGCAGACGGAAGUGGCGUCCACAGUACGUUUACCUUCACCCCCCAGAUCCUCCAGAGACCAGAGUCCUGAACCCAGAUCCAGACCUGCAGAGGCCAGUUCCAGUUCACAGCAGCAGUGCCCCCCUGUAGACCCCCAGGCAGCAGCAGGGGAACAGAGCCCCCCAUUGGACCCCCAGACAGCGGUGGGGGAACAGCAACCCCCUGUGGACCCCCAGGCAGCAGCGAGGGAAUUGAGUCCCCCUGUGGAUCCCCAAGCAGCAGCGGGGGAACAGCACUCCCCUGUGGACCUGCAGGGGGUGGAGAGUGUGGAGCAGUUAGAGGCUCUGGGUCUGGACAUUCUGAAGGAGGAGCUGAUGCUUCGAGGGCUGAAGUGUGGCGGGACGUUGGUGGAGCGUGCUGCCCGUCUUUUUGCUAUCAGAGGAAUGAAGGCAGAUCAGAUUGACCCAGCGCUGCUCGCCAAGCCCAGUAAGGCCAAGAGGAAGUGAAGAGGUCAAAGGUCAUAGUGGUUCUGGCUUCACCUGCUGGUGAACAGGAAGCAUUCUUACGUUUUUCAACCUUGUGAGUUUUGGUUUUUAGUUUUAGUCUGAGCUCUGACCAAUUAAAAAGGGCCUUCUCAUUGAUUAUCAUUUCUUUAAAAAUGUGAAAUGUGUUUCUGUUUCUGCUCCAUCUUUUAUUAAACAUGUCGAACUAAA